AUGGCGACUGUCCGCUCUUGGCCCUUCUUGGCUCUUGGCGCGUCGCACUUUUGCAAGUUCAAUGGGAAGAAGAAAGACACGGUGGGAGCGGUGGAAAUACAACAAUCAGCUAACAUGGAGGCGGCAUCUGCCACUAAAGAUCACUUCUUAACUGGAGGGGACGAAUUGUGGCAUGGCGCUCCUGAGUUUCCACGUGAAACUUCCAGUCGCGACGCCACAUGUCCAGGCCCCAGUGCACUUGAAAAACAAGAGCUUGCCGCAAUCUUGAUGUUUGUCGCGCAACAAAAACACAACAAUACAACAGGAUGA